AGGGGGAGCGCGUGCUUGCAGAACUGGUGCUUGUCCGUGGCCUUGAGCGUGGGCGUUGGCGCGGACGAAGGCGUGGAGGAGGGCUUGAGCCAACAGCUGAGGGUCUGGGGUCCCUGUCUCCAAAGGCCGCGCGGGACGCGUUGGAGGACAUGGGCGACAAGUAUGCUACUCUCCAGCGGGCCCAGCUGCAUCUGGAUUUCAUCCACGCCAACUCCACCACGCACAGUUUCCUUUUUGGAGCGCUGGCUGAAUUGCUGGACAAUGCAAGAGAUGCAGGGGCCGCAAGACUUGAUGUGUUUUCAGUGGAUAAUGAAAAACUGCAGGGUGGAUUCAUGUUGUGCUUCCUGGAUGAUGGAUGUGGUAUGAGCCCUGAGGAGGCUUCAGAUAUCAUUUACUUUGGAACAUCUAAGAAACGGUCAUCAACCUUGAAGUUUAUUGGACAAUAUGGUAAUGGUCUUAAAAGUGGAUCCAUGAGGAUUGGAAAAGACUUUAUUCUUUUUACAAAGAAGGAAGAAACGAUGACCUGUGUGUUUUUUUCUCAGACAUUUUGUGAAAGAGAAGGUCUUAGUGAGGUUGUGGUUCCAAUACCUUCAUGGUUAACAAGAACCAGAGAAUCUGUUACAGAUGAUCCUCAAAAAUUCUCAACAGAGUUGUCUAUAAUUUUUAAGUACUCUCCAUUUAGAAAUGAAGCUGAAUUGAUGCAGCAGUUUGAUAUGAUCUACGGGAAAUGUGGUACUUUGCUGGUUAUUUAUAACUUGAAGCUUUUGCUUAGCGGAGAGCCAGAGUUGGAUGUUAAGACUGACAAGGAAGAUAUGCUGAUGGCUGGGGCUCUUGAGGAUUUUCCAGAGAGAUGGUCAUUCAGAGCCUACACAUCUGUUCUGUAUUUUGAACCUUGGAUGAGAAUAUUCAUUCAGGCCAAAAGAGUUCAAACAAAACACCUAUGUUAUUGCCUCUACAGACCCAGAAAGUAUCUGUAUGUCACGUCUUCUUUUAAAGGAGCAUUUAAAAAUGAAGUUGAAAAGGCAGAAGAAGCAGUAAAGAUUGCUGAACGUGUAUUGAAACAAGCACAAAUCACAGUAAACCAGCCUGACAGAACUUCUUUGUCUUCUGCCAAGGAUGUAUUACAGAAAGCUUUGGAAGAUGUUGAAGCAAAGCAUACGAUUCUUAAAGUGAAACAGAGAGAAUUAAAAAAAGCAAGGACUCUCUGCCUGUUCUUUGGAGUGAACAUAGAAAAUCGAAGCCAAGCUGGGAUGUUCAUUUACAGUAAUAACCGCCUGAUCAAAAUGCAUGAGAAAGUGGGCCCACAGUUGAAACUGAAGUCCUUACUUGGUGCAGGCGUGGUUGGAAUCGUUAAUAUACCCCUGGAGAUCAUGGAGCCAUCCCAUAAUAAGCAGGAAUUUCUCAAUGUCCAAGAGUAUAAUCAUCUGCUGAGAGUCAUGGGGCAGUACUUGGUGCAGUACUGUAAGGACACCGGGAUCAGUAAUAGAAAUCUAACACGGUUUUGGAAUGAAUUUGGAUACCAGAAUAACAAGGAUGUAGAGAAAUCUUUAGAUUCUACUCAGUAUCAAAGAAGACAAGCCAUGGCCAUACCAUUCAUCAUUCAGUGUGAUCUUUGCCUUAAAUGGAGAGUCUUGCCUUCUUCUAUCAAUUAUCAGGAAAAAGAAUUUUUUGAUCUCUGGAUUUGUGCAAAUAAUCCUAACAUCUUGGAAAACAGUUGUCAUCAGGCAGAAAGCCUACCUUCCAUCCCCCUGGGCACCAUGAACAGAGCGUCACCAUCAAAAAAUGAGAAAGAGAAACAACUUCGAGAGGCAGUCCAAAGGUACCACAAUCGACUGGCAGAACAGCAGCCACAGCCUCAGUUUAUACCAAUAAGAAGAAUCAUGGAGUUCACUACUACCUGCCGAACUUCAGCAUCUAAGGAAAAUACAAAAACUGAGAAAGUCAGGCCUUGGGGCCAGGACUUGAAGCAGGAGUCUCUUGCAUCCUUUGAGCUUUCUGUCAGCCACAGAGGCCAGAAAAAAAACACAGAAGGGACAGACUCUGAGGUGGAGUACAUUGCAGAAGCUAACAUUAUGAAGAAGUCUAUGCAGAAGAAAGCAAAACCUCAACAGCAGAGACAUCCAGCAGCCCUGCCAGAAAACGUCACACUAGCCAAGAGAUCCCAGGUCUCUUCUAGGGAGAUGAGUAGGAAGCAGAGCGAAAAUCUUGUGCCAGAAUGUAAGGCUUUGACCGAAGUUGAAACCAGCGACAGCGAUCCAGAUAUAAUCCUGGUUUUAGAUAAAAGUGGCACUGAUCUUUCAUUGAAACAAGAAAAAAAGGAAGUUUCUCUUAUGAAAAAAGAAAAACAGGAGCUGUGUAGUGAUACUCCAGAAAUGAAGAGAAACUCUUCAUUACCUAAUCGGGAAAGUGCACUGAUGGAAGAUUUAAGUCCACGCUCUGGAGACAGUGCCAGCUUUUCUGUGUAUAGUGGUUGCGGAGUUACUUCUUCACUGACAAAGUCUUCUCAAAGCACAUAUGUCAAAGAAACAGUAAGAAAACUGACGUCCAAUUUAAGGGAGAUUCUUCUGUACUUUUUUUCUGAGCAUCGGCUACCAUCAGAAUUUGGCUACACAUCUGUGGAGGAACUCAUGGCAAGUUUUGAGCUGGAGCAGUGCCCAGAGCAGACAAACAAAAAGCUGAGAAUGGGCUUCAGCCAGAUCCAGCAUGUUUACAUGGUCCAAUAUGAAAGAGAACUAAAGAGAAAAAUACAGUCCAUUAUCUACGAAGCAAAUACAAGAGGAGUGGUUAAUGAAAUAUCUCUGGGACAAUGUGAAGCAAAAAGAAAACUUACUGAAGACAAACUGAAUAAUCUUCGGGUAAAACUGGCAAUAUUGUUGCAGAAACUUCAGCUGGGCGGUCCAGCAGGAGACCUGGAGCAGAUUGACAGUUAUUUAGAAGCUUUGCUUGAAGAAGAUAAUCCCCUUUUUCAGAACGCUUUGAAUAAAGUGACUACAGAUACAGGACACAGUCUCCCUUUAGAAAAACACUGAAAGUACUUCUCAAAAUUAAAUGUGAGAAAAGAUAUGCCCUUUUAAAAAAUGCCAGUAAGAAAAAGGAAGAUUCUUUUCAAACAGUAUUUCCCUUUGUACUCAUUAUUGUAUGGUUUGCCCUGUUUAACUGUAAGAAAAUUGUGUGCUUUAGAAAUGGAGACUGAUUUACAAUUUACAUAUUUGCAGCCCUGUUCCGUAACUCUUCCUGUUAUUUCAGAAACUAUUUCUAGAGUUCUCCCAUUCCCAUGUGAGCUAGUAAGAAAGAUGGAAAUGUCAGUUAGGCUAAAUUUUGUUUUCACUUAAAUGACUUUGUUUUUGUUUUGUUUUAAACAUUUUGUUUCACUUAAAUGACUAUAAAAACUAGAAAAACAGUGGUUUUCAAAAUCAGUAUACAAAGGACUACAGUUAAACUUAAAACUUGUGUUGACCACAUGCCCCGUCUCCACUACAGCCAUUACUCAGUAAUGCAGAAAAUAUAAAUCCUCAGGAACUUUAAUAUAUUGUUUAUAUGAUAAUUCUAUUGUUGAGUUGGAGUAAAAGUGCAAAUCUUCUAACUAUAAUGUGAGCAUAUAUUAUACAUGUGUAAAUUGUGUUUUUACAUUUUCCUUGAUAACUGAUUAUUUUUUUAAA